GCGUGUAUAUAAUUAUAAAUCUUUCGUCUUUAGCACUGUAAGAAAUCUGACUGUACCAGUUGAACUUGCUGCAUACAUUGUAUUGCAACAUACACUUCAAACUUGCUUCCAUUGAAGACUAGACACAUCAUAUCCACGCAAGGCAACCAAUCGCACUCGAUACUCUACAUCAUUGUGUUUCGUUCAAGCAUUCUACUACUCAAACUAAAGCACUAUGUCACAAGAGCGGUUGCGAGAAGAGACCAUCAACUUCGCAGCAGGGCCUGCGCAACUACCAUACGAGGUUUUAACAGAAGCUCAGAAAGGACUAUUGAACUAUAACGGCCAUGGGAUGUCCAUCCUUGAGAUCACCCAUCGAUCGCCCAUGUUCGACCAACUAAAUCAGGAGACAAACGACCUCAUCAGAACAUUACUGAACGUUCCGGACAACUACAAGAUUCUAUUCCUACAAGGCGGGGGAACGGGGCAAUUUGCGGCCGUCCCUCUCAAUCUAACAUCGUCCAAUGAGGAUGUCGUGGAUUACAUCGUGACAGGUCAAUGGUCCGGAAAAGCCGCCAAAGAGGCCGAAAAAUAUGCCAAAGUGAAUUUGGUUCUGCCCAAACAAGACAAAUACACUUACAUCCCAGAACCUGUCCAGUGGAGCUUCUCUGAUAAACCUCGCUAUGUAUACUAUUGUGCCAACGAAACUGUGCAUGGUGUAGAGUGGCCAGAGAUACCAGCUGUGGGGGAGACUCUGCUCGUUUGUGACGCCUCCUCUAACUUCCUCACCCGCUCCAUGGACGUAAGUAGCCACGCCCUGGUCUACGCUGGGGUGCAGAAGAAUGUCGGCUGUGCUGGACUAACCGUCGUCAUUGUGCGUGAGGACCUCCUGGGGAGUGUACGUAAGGACUGCCCCAUCAUCUGGGACUACACUACACAGACUAAGAUGAAGUCAGCCUAUAACACACCUAAUGUAUGGGGCAUCUAUAUCCUCAACCUUGUACUCAAGUGGCUGCAAGAUAACGGAGGCUUAGAAGCCAUGGAAACCAACUCGGCAGCAAAAUCUGGGAUAUUGUUUGACAUGAUUGGACGUUCCGAGGGUUUCUAUAGCCUCAUAGUAGAGCCCAAGUACCGUUCCCGUGUCAAUAUCCCAUUCCGUGUAUGCAAGGACGACUCCCCCAAUGAUGAGUUAGAGGCUAUGUUUCUCAAAGAAUCGGCCGAACGGGGUCUACUCAAUCUCAAGGGUUAUCGACUUGUGGGCGGAAUUAGAGCAUCACUAUAUAAUGCCGUUAGUGUCAUGGAUACGAAGAAACUGGCCGACUUUAUGCGCUGGUUUUACGAAGAAUACAAACUUCGAAAUUGAAAAUUUGAAACUGUAGCAGUUUUCUUUCGUGAAUAGAAUUGCCUGUAAAGGCUAUUAAAUAUAAUAUUAGUUCGACUAGUACGAUCAGUUUUUGCUUACGCUGCAUUUUAUAGUGUGAUUUUUUGUUAUUUAUAGCGACUCUUUAUAUCGAGAGUUCAAUAUUUGGUGUAUAUUUUUUCUCUAGGAUAUUCCUAUACUUAUGUAUGCAUUCGUCCUUUAAUUGGAACAGUACUCGUUGAUUGAUUCUUGA